GGAGAAUACGUAAAUAAAUUAAAGACAUUAUGGACCCAGAGCAUGCCUGUAGUCCACCACAUCAUAUAUUAGGUUUAACGAUACGUUCGCGUACCCGCAUUUAUGUUUCCUACAUCAUACCCAAUGUACUCGAAUUGCUUGUUUAUAUUGUGCAAAUUGUGGCCGAUGGUGCUGUCAGUUACCAACAUUUUAAAUCACAUCAAUCGGAUUUUGGCUGGGGCACUCUUAGCCUGAUAUUGGUACCACCCGUUGUUACCUGUAUUUUAGUUUUAAGUUCAGAAAGUCAAUGGAUUAAACCUAAACAAAAUGGUACUCGUGUGAAAUUUGUUUGUAUGCAACUUUUGCAGAUGGUCUUGUUUCCAUUCUUUGUGAUUUAUCGCUCUGCAAAACUUGUAUUUUGGUCUAUUGAAGCACUAUUUCACGAUGAUGAUGACGAGGCGCGUAUGGAGUGUUUAGAGAAAGCUGAAGAAUGCUCCACAUGCGAGCUUUAUCGUUUAGUGCAGGCCUAUGGACAAUCGGCCCCUCAAAUAAUACUCCAGCUAUUUCACAUGCUGACACAAGAUCUAUUUAGAAACUUUCAGACUACAAAUGUACAGGCGAUUAGUUUGGUAUUCUCGGCCAUAGAUUUGGCCUCAAUUACCACCACCUAUCAACGUUUCGAGAGCCAAAAGCAAGUGGGUCGCCAUUAUCCCUGGUCAACGCAGCAACAGAAACAAGAGAGUCGUUUAAAAAUUGAGAAAAAUAAAUGUUUAAAGGAGGAGUGCAUACGCAAGAAACGAGAUUCGGAACGUACUCUUAAUAAAUUUCCCGAGUCGGACAAAAUUAUGAAAAAUUUUAUGGAACGAAAUGAAAACAAUGUUACCGAUAACCAACUUAUACAAGACAACAAGAAUAUUAAAGCCGAUAGUCAGGAGAGCUUAAUUCAAGUCUCCGAACCUAUAAGCCAUACAGUGCAGGUACAUGGCUAUGAUGAGUUAGACAAUGAGGCAGGAGAUGAGCAAACAGCUUUAUUAGCAACACAUUUAACGGAUGAUGAUAAAAUCAAAACCAAACCUUUGUUACAGUUAAAUGUUAAAGAAUGUCCGCCUAGCUUAGAGGAAUUUGAUCAAGUGCCUAAUACUCCACCACCUUUGCCACCGAAAGAAACCAGAUUUGAUCCUCCAGAUGAUCGCGAUAUAACUGAUGGACCACAAUUAAGAACUCAAACAUCUACCCAAAGUAGUAAUGAAGCCAAUAAAAGACGUUCCAGAGCCUUUUCUCAGCUAGAAACUUUUAGGGACAUGUUGCUUAUGAAUGCCCAGCUUUAUAUAAAAGAUAAUGUACCCAGACCACCUAAAAUGCUCAUUAAACGAGUAGAAGAAAGCAACAACCCAGGCAAAACUCCACCACAGUCCCCUCAAGAUGUAGUUGAUUUUUUCUUACCACGUCCCACAAAAGUGGUAAAUGGCAUACAUCAAGAUGACUUUGCCGCCAAAUCUAUAGCAUUUUUCGGUUGGAUAGCAUUUAUCGUUAUGCGUAUGCUUUCCCUAUCGGCCUUUUGUGUGUUCUUUCCAAAGGCAUUUCUCAUCAUUAUGGGUGUACAUUAUCUCAUAAUGUUGGCCGCUUUGUAUAUGGAAUCGCGCUUCCAAGGAAAACUCAACAGAACCUUCUUUUACUUCUUGCUGGCCUAUGUUUAUAUCUAUGUUUUGCUUGAAUUUCGAGUAAAAUUCAAACACGUACGCCUCUGGUUUGUAGGUUAUUUUUUGCUUUCGAUGGUUGAAAAUCUAACCAUGACCAUGAUAUGGUAUGCUCGUGAAGAAUUUGAAUCGUGGUGGUUUGGCUUCAUAUUCGAGGGCAUCAUCUAUAGUGGCAUAUUGUUUGUGGCCACCAUUAUAGUUUAUUAUUUUAUAUUAAAACCUAAAGAUGUGAUACUCUUAGUGGAAGAUGAGAAUGUCGAACAAAAUCAACAGCAAGAAAAUGAAACGAAUGCAACUGCAACUACGACAACCGAUAGAUAAUUAAUCGUUAAUAACAAGAUACACAAAUAUUUAU